UCCAAAGAGUGGUAUGCGUCCUUUUUGGUGCAAAUAAAAAUUUACAUCACUGCACUUUUUGAAAGGACGCAAAUGUUGGUCGUGUCGUGUGUACAGGCACACCCCUACGCACGUUAAAACCGAAAAUAUUCGCCAGAGCAGAGUGUUCACCCGGUGUAUUGCAUGCACUUGCCAGUUAGUCCCGACAAAAAAACUUAAGUUCAAGUCAAUCUUGACGUUUAAUUGCCAUAAUAAUCAAUAUUAUGACUGUGUGCAUUAACGGAAAGACAAGACAGAUAAAAAAUAGUUCUGUACCCGUGCCUGAGAUGCUGAAGUGAAAAUGCCGACUUGUGCGACCUUCCGAAAUGUCGAUGCCUUGAUUUCGACCUCGGCGUUGUUUUUGCAGACCUGCUAUGCCUUAGGAACGAUCAAGUCUAUCGGAGUCUAUCUCCCGGUCCUGGAACGGGAUUUAGGACUUACAUCGACUGGUAUCGGCAUCUGUCUUGGUUUGUUCAACGCGUUUGGAUAUGGUCCAGGACCAGUGGUUGCAUACCUUUACCAAAGACUCCGCGGCGGCUUCCGAAGGUGUCUUGUGAUGUCUGGGGCAGUUUUAGCAACAUCCGGACUCGUGCUGGGAUCGUUCGUCACCAGUGGUGUAGAACUGGCUCUUUGCCUUUCUCUUGCAGGACUUGGCUCCAACAUUCUGUCUUUAUCGUUAAUAAUCACCAUAAACUACCAGUCCGGUGAUGCCUUUGGAAUCUUCUACGGCAUUGGCAAUUCAGGAUAUGCCUUUGGGAUGGCCCUUGUGCCACCCCUUGCUGACUACCUGAUGGGAAUCUACGGCUGGAGAGGGUCCUUAUUGAUCAUUGGAGGCAUCAUGGCACACCUGAUACCUUUGACCUUGAUGGUGGGUCUCGACAUAGAGGGCGCUUCAAAUAUUGAACUUGACAAUUCACUUCCCAAGGAACAAACGACUGACGGGCCCGUUGAUACGAUCGCCGAAGAAACAAGCCUUUGCUUUUCAGGAGUUCAGACAACGCCACUCCAUCGUUUGAAUGAAGCACAAGCAGAAACAAAAGACGUUGAUAACAUCGCCUCGCUGGAGGAAUUCAGUGCAGAGACAAGCGAAGAUACAUCUUUAAUAGAGAGUUCAUCUACUGGUAAAUGGGAUAAGGACGUUUCUAACAAGUACAAUGGGCAUGACGGGAAUGGGCGUUAUAGUCAAACGAUUUGUUCCAAACUUUACGCCACUGGUUGCCGAAUCGUCCAGGACUCCAUCUACUAUCAAGAUCGUCUGAUGAUCUUUCUGAUGUUCCUCUCUGUGGUGUACGCCAUUCUGAAUGGUGGUUGGUACUCCUUUCUCAUCCCACGUGCAGUGGCACUGAUCGGCAAACCAUCCAAAGCAUUAUGUAUUGCGUACUCCGGGGCCGUUGCAACCUUCAUCGGCCGCUGCUCCAGCGGAAUACUCGUGGGGUCCAAACUAUGCGAUGGGAAAUACUUGUUUCUUUUCUUUACUUUACUCAACAUCACGUCACUCCUUGUAGAUACCUUUGUACCGAAAUUUCCCGUAAUGAUUGUGACGUCAUUUAUUACGUCACUGAUGAUUGCUGAGAGGAACGUUCUCUUAUUGGUGAUUUGUAAGGACAGAGCUCAUCUGUCCCACUUCCCAGUCAUACUAGCUUCUUAUCAGAUUGCGUUUGGAGUCGGGACGUUCCUCGGAUCUUCGUUUGCCGGUUAUGUUGCCGAUGUGGCAGGAACCGCCAACGCUUCUUUUAUGUUCAUCGCAGCGGCCGAUUCCCUUGUAUUCUGUCUGAUGCUUCCACCCGUAAUCGUAGACAGGUUACAGGAACGCAGCACUGGUUGAUGAAGAGUGGCAAUUAUGA